CGCGGUCAGCUGACUGCUCCACUGGCACGUGACUUGCUCCGUGGGCGCUGGGGUCGAGGAAGCCGUGAGGCCGGAUCUUAGGUCGGGGAGGGAUGGAGCGCUGAUCCGCUAAAGUCUGCUAGGCUCUCCGCCUCCGUACCUUUUGCUGUUUCCACUUCCUCGUUGGACACCUUUCUGGGUCUUUGAGAAAAAGUAGAUGAACAUGCUAUUCAUUGCAUAGAUGGAACCUAUCUAGACCCUUGGAGCUAGAAACAGAGAUCAAGUGAUUUGUCUAGGUCUGACAUAACUUCCAUGGUCUUCUGACAGCUGGUGUAUUGUUCCUGCUGAUUACCUGCAAAAUAUUACCACAAUCACAUCUACAGAGAAGGAGUCCCUCUUGGUCUUGGAAGAAAUACUUGAACAAACAUGACCGAGUUCUGGCUUAUAUCAGCUCCCGGGGAGAAAACAUGUCAGCAGACAUGGGAGAAACUGCAUGCAGCAACCACAAAGAACAAUAAUCUUGCUAUUACUUCAAAGUUCAACAUUCCUGACUUAAAGGUCGGCACACUGGAUGUUUUGGUUGGUUUGUCAGAUGAACUGGCUAAGCUGGAUGCAUUUGUAGAAGGGGUGGUUAAGAAAGUGGCUCAGUAUAUGGCUGAUGUACUGGAGGAUAGUAAAGAUAAAGUUCAGGAGAAUCUGUUGGCCAAUGGAGUUGACUUGGUUACUUAUAUAACAAGGUUUCAGUGGGACAUGGCUAAAUAUCCAAUCAAGCAGUCCCUGAAAAAUAUUUCUGAAAUAAUUGCCAAGGGAGUGACUCAGAUUGACAAUGACCUGAAAUCUAGAGCAUCUGCAUAUAAUAACCUGAAAGGCAAUCUCCAGAAUUUGGAACGAAAGAAUGCAGGAAGUUUGCUAACUAGAAGUCUAGCAGAAAUUGUGAAGAAGGAUGACUUUGUUCUUGACUCAGAGUAUCUCAUCACAUUACUGGUUGUAGUUCCCAAGUUAAACCACAACGACUGGAUCAAGCAGUAUGAAACACUAGCUGAAAUGGUAGUUCCAAGGUCUAGCAAUGUUCUCUCAGAGGACCAAGACAGUUACCUUUGUAAUGUCACCUUGUUCAAGAAGGCAGUUGAUGACUUCAGACACAAUGCCAGGAAAAACAAAUUCAUCGUUCGUGACUUUCAGUAUAAUGAAGAGGAGAUGAAAGCAGAUAAAGAAGAAAUGAACAGGCUUUCUACUGACAAGAAAAAGCAAUUUGGACCACUUGUACGGUGGCUGAAAGUGAAUUUUAGUGAAGCCUUUAUUGCGUGGAUUCAUGUGAAAGCCUUGAGAGUUUUUGUUGAGUCUGUUUUAAGGUAUGGCUUGCCCGUGAACUUCCAAGCAAUGCUACUUCAGCCCAAUAAGAAAACAAUGAAGAAACUAAGAGAAGUAUUAUAUGAAUUGUAUAAACAUCUAGACAGUAGUGCAGCAGCAAUUAUUGAUGCUCCUAUGGAUAUUCCAGGCUUAAACCUCAGUCAACAGGAAUACUACCCUUAUGUGUACUACAAGAUUGACUGCAACUUGCUGGAAUUCAAGUAAAAAUGAGCUCCUCCUCAGACAAUCUUGUCCUUGUGUUGGUGUAUGCUAACAGAAAUAGGUUGCAGUAUGACAGUACUUUUAACUCUCUAUUAUCCUUUGCUUGCUUCUAACCUGUUUUCCUACGAGUUCUUCCAUAGUGGUCCAUUUCUCAACAUUUUCUUUUUAAAGGAAAAUAGAUGUCUUGUUUCUUUUUAUUAAUCAGGUCUGUAAAUGUGUACUAAAAAAUCAGAGUUUAUUUAUAAAACAGAUGAGUUUAUUUAAAGAGAAGGUCUUUCCUCAACGAUAUUGUGGUAUGUAUGCAUUAAUUCCAUUUGUUACUAUUGUGCACAAAAGCCUUGUUUACAAGGGAAUGGUAUAAACCUUUAUACCAUUUUGUUCACUGUAUGUAGUAGACAUAACUGUUUAAUAGUUAUUGAAUUGUGAUGUAAAGAAAUGUGACAAUAUUCAGGUAUAUGCUUUCUGAAUAUUUCAAAUUACAAUCUGUGAGUACUGUUGACACCUACAGGAGAGAAUAAAAUGACCUGUGCAAAGGUG